UUCCAGGUCCCGUCUGGCUGAUUUCCACACCAACUGCCAGGCCACCUUCCAGUCCCUGACCAGCUGCCCUGGGGACAACUACCAGGCGUGCCUGGGCUCCUACGCAGGGCUCAUCGGCUUCGACAUGACCCCCAACUACGUCGACGCCAGCACCACCAGCAUCACCAUCUCGCCCUGGUGCUCCUGCAAGGGCAGCGGGAACAUGGAGGAGGAGUGCGAGAAGUUCCUGCGGGACUUCACGGAAAACCCCUGUCUCCGAAACGCCAUCCAGGCCUUUGGCAACGGGAGCGACGUGAGCGUGGCCCCCAAAAACCCCUCUCCCCCCGUCACGGUGCCUCCCAGGCCGGAGAAGAGCCCGGCCCUGCCCGACGACGUCAACGACAGCAACACCAUCUACGACACCAGCGUCGUCCCCGCCUGCACCUCCGCCCAGGAACAAGGACUGAAGCCAAACAAGUCCAAAGAGCAGAACCUGUGCUACUCAGAG